ACGCCGCGGCAGCGCCGGGAAAUGCGUCGGUGUCGCCGGAGGAGGCGCCGCCACCGCGCCCGCCAGCACCUGCUCGCCGCCGACAAUGAUCAUGGACGGCGUCGAGACGCUGGCGCCGCACCCGCCCCUGCUGCACCCGCACCCGCUCUUCCUGCCGGCCGAGAGCGCGGCCGCCGCCGCCGUGGCCGCAGCCGCCCACCACUUCAACGUGCUCAGCUUCGACUGCCUGUACUCCAGCAAAGACGCGGUCGCGGGCGCGGCCGGCUCGCCUUCCAGCCCGGCCACCGCCGCCUCCGCCGCCGCCUCCUCCACCGUCCCCGCGCCGCUCGCGGCGGAGCCGGCCGCCCCCGAGCCGCAACCCGGAGACCUAAACACGCCCGUCACCACCUCCGGGGACAUUCCGUCCUUCUUCGGACCGUCCACCGUAGUCGAGCCACCUCCCAUUACAGGUUCGUUGGACCCCGAGGAGCUGUCGCUGGAACCCUCCGCUGCUGGAACGCCGUCAGCCGCGACCGCGAGUCCCGCCCUCGUCGACGCCAAGCCGGAGGCGCGCCUCAGCCCGGAGCCGGGCACGAGCGCCGCCCCCGCGCCCUCCUCCGCCCCCGCCUCCGCCUCCGCCGCCACGCCGGACGAAGAGUCGAGCAACACCGCCGGCAGCACCAUGUACCCCGGAUCACAGGGCAGGGUCAGCUACAGGGGCAUCUUCACGGCCACCGCGAGCGACCAGUGGCUGACCGACAAGCUGGCGCAGCAGCAGCAGCAACAGCAGCAACAACAGCAGCAGCAGCAGCAGUUCUUCGGCCUGGCGCCGCCGCAGUCGUACCCCGGCAGCCCGGCCAGCGGCGCGUACGAAGAUGUGCGGACCCAGCAGCAGCAGCAAGCGGAGCUGCUGGGGCUGUCCAUGGACAACCUACCGCUGAAGCAGCCGCCCGGCUACCCCAGCUGCGUCAGCGACGUCUCGCAGCAGCCCGAGCUGUACGGCCGGCCGUCGGGCAAGUACCCCUGGCUGGAGCAGCAGGAGUACGCCGCGGCGGCAGCGGCGGCGGGACCCUCCGGGCUCGUCCCCAAGCAGGAGCCGCCCACCUCCGCCGCCGCCGCGGUGGUCGCCGCCGCCGCGGCCGCCGUCUUCGGCGGCGACGUCCAACAGCCGCCGUCGGCGCAGGGCAACGGCGGCGAGCAGACGCAGCGCCCGUCGCAGGCGUAUUCCCCUCAGGUGCAGCUCGCCGAGUACAACCCGUCCACCAGCAAGGGCCACGAGAUCCUGUCGCAGGUGUACCAGCAGUCGAACGUACCGCUCAAGCUGGUGCCGGUGAAGCCGAGGAAGUACCCCAACCGGCCGAGCAAAACGCCGGUGCACGAGCGGCCGUACGCGUGCCCCGUCGAGAACUGCGACCGACGCUUCUCGCGGUCCGACGAGCUGACGAGGCACAUCCGCAUCCACACGGGGCAGAAGCCGUUCCAGUGCCGCAUCUGCAUGCGCUCCUUCUCGCGCUCCGACCACCUCACGACGCACAUCCGCACGCACACGGGGGAGAAGCCCUUCAGCUGCGACGUCUGCGGCCGCAAGUUCGCGCGCUCCGACGAGAAGAAGCGGCACGCCAAGGUGCACCUCAAGCAGCGCAUGAAGAAGGAGAGCAAGCUGGUGACGAGCACGUCGACGGCGCAGCAGCAGCAGCAGCAGCAGCAACAGCAGCAGCAGCAGCAGCAGCAGCAGGCGCUGCACCACCACCACCACCUGUCGCACCACCACCACGGCCACCCGCACGGCCACCACCCCCACGCACACGGCCACGCGUCGACGAGCGGCAUGCAGCAGGUGGAGGACGCUCUGGCGCUGCCGGUCACGACGUCACUUUGAGCCCCACCUGCCGGCUCUGCAGCCGGGCCACCACCACCACCGCCACCAUCACGAGCCGACGGCGAAGUCGAGGCCGAGGCCGAGAUCGACUCCGAACCCGAACACGAAUCCGAACCCGGAGCCGAAACCGAAGGCGACCCCGAACC